UGAACCUCGCCUCUUGCCACCAACACCUCCCAGCCUUGCCUCCUCCCACACUACCAGGAAGCAAGGUCCAGGCGGAGGGCUGAGUUGUCGAGACGCUCCGAUAAUUCUCUCACGCAGACUUGACUUAGGCGGGAGGAUUACUGUACCCAAGUGUGGCGUUCUAUUCUUGUGGUCUAUUGAAACAUUAUAUUCAAGUCUUAUAUAUUCACGGACUACGAGGAUCAACUUAGCAACAUUCGUGAACUUCGAGGAACAACUUGGCAACAUUCGCAGCGUUCACGGAUCAACUUAGCAACAUUCGCAGCGUUCACGGAUCAACUUAGCAACAUUCGUAGACUUCGAGGAACAACUUAGUAAAUUUAACGUACUUCGAGGAUCAACUCACCAACAUUGUACCACCAUCUAGUCAAGAACAAGUACAGGAAAAACACCCUACUAGUCAAAGACCGUAAGAGACCCAGGUACCCACCCGGGCAGGAAGUGAUGCAUAGCUGAUGAACUGAAUUAGCGAGGGAGAUUGUCCAGACUCAACGCCGCCACCACAGCCGUAACCACCACAGCCGCAGCCACCACAGCCGCAACCACCACAGACACCAGAGUCGCCACAGUGUAAGGCGGCGCCCCGUAAAGAACCGUACUCGAGUGCCUGAGAAAGGGUGAGAAAAUGAGGGGUUGGUUCGAUGCCUUCAGAUCAGAUGGAGGACCCACGCUCUACGCCUACAGCAACCGGACCAGCGUCACGGGCGAUGUUCCCACCAUCACUAUCUGCCUCCUCUUCCUCACCGUCUUCAUCGCCUUCCUCCUCAUCUUCCCGGGAGUCAGAAAAGAGAGAUUCGCCACCAUCUGUACAGUGACGCUGAGUUUACUGGUCGGCACCGUCAUCUGUGUGUGUAAUGUGGGGUCGUCGUGGCAUGUGGCUACAGGGGUAAUCAGGUCGUCUUACCGCGCCUUCUCCAGGGAGAAGAUUGACGCCACCCUGGGCAUUGCCGUCGGGCUGGACCACGCAAACGUCACCAUGCGGGUCAUUCCUCAACACAAUCGCAGCCUCGAUAUCAACUUCAACGAACGCUUCCACUGGAUCGAACCCACGGACAUGCGAAAACACUACCGCGAGGCGUUGGUCAAGGGUCUCCCUUACCCCAUCCUCACCGUAGCGGAGUACCUCACCCUGGACAGCGAGGGCUUCGCCUGGGGCAGAUACUACCGCAGCGCCGGCUACUACACCAGUAUAAUCCUCUGGGCGGCUUUCGCGUCGUGGAUACUGAUGAACGUCCUGCUGGUGAACGUGCCCCGCUAUGGUGCUUAUACCAUGACUAUCACGGGGUCACUGAUGGGGCUCUCCAACAUUAUCUUCUACCUCCUCAUGCCCCCAAAGCCCCUUGAAAUACGCUUCGAGGAAGUCACUCUCACCUUCAGCUUGGGCUGGUGCUUCUGGCUGACUCUGGUUGUAGGAUGCCUUGUAACCAUAUCUGGACUGGUCGUAUCUAUGGUGGACUGUAUCUACCCUCACAAGUUCUCCACCAUCCUAGAGGUGGACUUCGACACCCCUUACGACCGGCACAUCAUCAUCGAGGAUUCACACGACACCAGGAAACGCCGCUUCAAGAUCCCACGCCUGGAAGAACCUCUGAACGCUGGUCUCAACGCUGGCUCUAGACUCCUCCGAAGACUCUCCAAGCGAGGAAAGGAAAAUACGGAGGAGAAUGAGCCCAGGAUCUCUCCCGGCAUCGACAACCACGCCUUCGAAAUGGAACCUCCAAAGGCGCCAUGGAAAUACCCGAACUUCAUGAUGCGAACAGACUCUAAGAAAUCGACCAAAUCCGUCAACUUCAGAUCGGCAUCACAGAGAUCACAACAGUUCCUGGACAUCCCACAGCUGCCGGAUUACGAGGAAAAAGUCAACAAAGCCUUCAAUCGAUCCGACUCCAAGCAGAGCAGUAUGUCGUCUAUAUCAGUCGCGUCGUCGCCCAAGAGCGUCAACUUUGAGGACCCGGUUCUGCCAGGACCCAGCGUCCAUCCUGGCGGGGCCGAAGCUGCCCCCGGAGCGUCCAUACUCCGGCAGGACUCCAGCCAAUCAGUAGCAUCAUCUUCAUCCUCGUUCGGCCUAGGGAUGCUUACGAGGAACCAAAGCGUCCGUAGGAUCUCCAACGAGGAAAACAAUCAUCCGCCAGUAGCGAGAAACAACUCUGGCAAUAUUAUUGUGUUCCACCGCACGGACUCCCGCGGCCAGCUGCAGAGGUUGAACGGUGAAGUGGUAGAAAUCCAGACUGAGGAUUCGUCGGACAUUUGGUAAAGUGCUGAGAGAGUCGUUUGUGAGCCCCUCCGCUUAAAUUAUACAGUAUACUAAAGGAAGGCCUCACAGCUACUCUCUCUUUAACACUUAGUCCAAGCCUCCUACUUAACAUUAUAGUGAUGGGUAAUUCAUAUCAUUUUUAUUCUACUCAUUAUUACCGGGAGAUUAUCUCUUAAAUGACUUAAAACACAAGAUAUGGUCGUCCCAGUAACUCGCAUGCUGUACGACUCUCACGGCAUACGAUGUGAUACUCAGUGAUUAUAUUAGAAAAUAAACAAAAAGUGAUAUAGUAAUUUUAGUAUAACUUCACGCUCUCAUGAAUUUGAAGCUGAACUCUGUAUGAUAAAGCUUUCUGUAAUUUAUUGUGAUCAACAUUUAAUUAAGCGCCUCACGAUAGCUGUGAAACUCAAUAUGUUCAGUGUGUGUGUAAGCUCAAGUUCCAGUAUUUGUUGAUAUACGACAUCUCAAGGGUUUUAGGCGACAAUGAAAGACUAACAUGGCCUUUGUUACCUUGUAGGCGCGCUUUGUUCUCAAGUGUAAACGAUUUUGGAAGAGUUUGUAGGUAGUUUCAUAUGAGAACACGUGCAAUAUAUAUAUAUUUCAUCUACUGAAUGUCUAAACAUUAAAUAUCAUACAACAAUAAUUAUCAUUUUGUCUACGAUAUAAACUACAGACAUCCCAUCACGUUGUUUACAGUGUAGACAACUAGUGGAAAGUUUGUUAACGUUAUUUAUACUUCAAACACAAGACCAUCCGUCACAAGCUCACCACCAUGCACCUACAACUUGACAAACGUGAGUCUUCCAUAGUCGCCUAAACACAGCAGCGUGUACCCUCGAGAUAGUGGAUCAAAUAACCCAGUGAUGAACCUUGGGACUGAACUCUUUCCUCACAGGUUUUGUGUGUGUGGUGGUUCAGAUCCUCCUAUGUAUUUUAGAGCUUUCAAACCCUUCCCACUUGCACGUUGCUGAUCGCUGUCAGAGCUGCAUUGUUAAUCAUACUCUGACAUAUGUAUAAUAAACAAUUUUGUAUAUAUA